AUGACGUCCACUACAGCGCCUGAAGAGUCUCUCGAGUUCGCGGACAGGUACCCCGCGAGCGAGACACUCCUGGGCUUCCACGACUAUGAGGCAUUUUCUAAACUGCGGAUGCCCGACUCGUGGGUGCCUGGUGAGCAAGCUGGACCGUCUGAAUCGAAGGAUUCCAUACACAUGUGCGGGUGGUUGGAUAAGUAUUACGCCGACGAUCGCGGUACUAAGACUUGGAGGCCACGGUGGGUGUAUCUGCUGGAAGAUAGGCUCUGCUACGGCAGUGCAACGAGCACGGACAAUGUCCCUCCACAGGUCAAGUACAUCAUGCUCGAUCGGUUACCUGCUAGACCGGGAGGAAAGCUGGCCAUCUCUCGGUUGAAGGUGUCGCCUCAGGGCUUGAAUGGUCAGCCAGGUGUUGACUGCGCGUUUCACCUGGUGUGCGAUAAUCGCACGCACACAUUCGCGGGGAAAACGCCCGAGGUUGCGUUGCGCUGGACAGAGAAGUUGGAGGAACUGGCCAUGAAACGAUUUAGCGCAACCAACACCUCGAUGCCCUUCGAGUCAACUUAG